AUGUCGAUUGUUCCCCAAAAAGGAAUAUCGUGGACGGUGCGUUUGAAUAAGGGGGAAUUUGGAAGAAAAUUGUGAAAAAAAUAUAUGUAAAAGUAAAAAUGAAUAAAAAACAAACAAGUGCAAGAUAAAUUCAAGAUAUUCUAAAUUUGAAUCAUUUUUCUGAAAUUUUGAAACUUUGAAGUUUAACGAAUAUCUGCAAACAAUCGUUCAUUUCUCUAAAUAUUCAUUAGAUUCUCAAAAUUUUCAAAAUUAUUUUUUGCCACGUACCAGUUUUAUUCAGAAACUAAAUUCUCGAUUUCCAGGGAACCAACAUCAACGUCACAUUGUUGGCAAGUUUCAGUCUAAUGACCACCCAAGGAGAAAUCACUGGAAAUGUGCCACUCUCUUUCGACAAAACCAACGUCGAACUUCUUUUGUGGACCGGUGUUAACAGUGAUGGACAUCUCAAAACUGAUCUAAUCACAUGCAAAGUUGCCGCAAAUAAUUUACAACUCCAAUUCAGCCAGGCCGACGCUGCUCUUUUAGCUAACUAUAUUCCACAUAUGCAAAACUUCAUUCGUCAAACCGUGGAGCAGGUUUGUCAAAAAUCGUGGUUUUAUUCCAACAAAAAUUGACUUUUUAUAGGUCGUUUGCCCAUCGUUCCAUGCUGAAUUAGUUCCAGUGUUGUCAAAUAGAAUUAUGAAUACUCCACUUUCAGCAUCUCUAUUCGAGCAAUAUUUCAUUAAUUAUGCUCUUUUAGGUUAGUGAAAUAAAAAAACAAAAAGAGUUGCCUACUGCUGGAAUCGAACCAGCGUCGCCACGGCCACAACGUGGAGUACUAACCACUAUACUAAGUAGGCCGAGAGAAACUGCCACACAUAUUGUUGAAAUACCACGCAUCUCUGACUCUUCCCGCUUUUUCUCAAUUUCUUUACUCGUAUAGAGAAAGAUAGAGAGUAAAAAGAAAAAGAAAAUGCAUCACAGGGGCAUGUUUUAGAGAAAAGGGUGAAAUAGGAGAGCGCGGAGAUAGAGAGAAAAAUUUAUGUUUUAUUUUUUGCAGGACCAGUUGAAUUUGCACAACAAGCAAUUACAUUGAAACACAGAGGAAACUCGUUUGGUAUUUUGAGACAAGGUGAGCGAUUUGGAAAAGGGACACUGUAAAGUUUUGUAAUUUGUAGAAAAAAUUAAGGAAUAUGUUUGACUUGAAUUUAUAAAUGUUCAUGAAAAUUAGGAAAAUUGUAGUUUUCGUUGUAUGAAAAAUACGUGAUCGGGUUCUAGAGUACUGUAGAUUUGUGUAUGCUGAAACUGCUGCGAAAAUUCUUUUCGAAUAUUUGGUUUUGUUUUAAUGAUCAUAAGAAAUAGGUUCAGUGAAGCACUGGCUCCUUUGAUUCCAAAAAAAUGUUCUCUCUUCAAUCACUUUAUUAUUUCCAGGAAGAACCCGUCUCAAUGAUUUCCGUCUCCCAUACCGUAGUCCUCCACUCAACGUCCCAACAACCGACUCUGGACAUAUGGUUGAAUUCUAUCUCUCCAACUACACCCUUUCAUCUCUUCUUUUCUGGAUGGAUCAAUACCGAAAAUUCGACUAUGAAAUCAGUAGACAAGCAACAAACAAUUCAGCAUUGGUUGGAUAUUUGAAAACUGAUUGUGGAACUGGAGAUAUUUGUGCAGGAACUCUUUUCCCAGGUAAGAUCUUUUUAAAAUGAGAAUACAUUUUAGAAGGCUAAUGAAUUAUGUUUAGCUUUGGCAACACGAUUCCCUGGUGGAGAAGUUGUUAUCAAAUCACAUACCGUGUCAUAUCCACGAGUUGUAUUGAGAAAAAAUAACGUGACAAUUUAUAUUGAUAGUCGAGUUGAUGCGUUUGUCCAACAAGCUGAUCGUAGUCGACGAUUUUUGACAGCCUCGAUGAAUGCUGAAGUCAAAAUGGAUAAGAUUUCUUUCAAAGAUUUUGUGCUUCAUGGAGAAUUGAGAAUUGAUAAAUUCAAAAUUCUUGAUGUAUGUAAUCUUUCAUUUUUUGUUUCAAAACCCAAUAAGCAAUUUUAGGUUGCUUCCCUGGUUGAUGGAAUUGAUGAGGGAUCUUUGGAAUUUUUGGUGAAUGCGUUGACCGAAUUAAUUUUGAAUGAGGAUAUGGCUAGAAAAUUGAAAGGGGGUAUUCAACUUCCAAUUAUGUUUGAUUAUACACAACAAUCUUCGCAUAUCAAUUUUGAGGAUGUGAGUUUGAUUUUGAAGAAGGAUGUGGGCAAAAUUAAACAAGUGAAAUUGAUAAUUGAACAUGCGCUCACUGAUUCAGUUAAUUAGUAAAAACUAACUUUCUAUGAUCAGCAAGAAUGAGCUUAAUAUUUCUGAAUGACAGAAUCCGAAGCUUACUAUCUAAAACUUUUUUUUGCAAAAAUCUCAUUUUUUUUCGAAUUUAUCCAAUUUUCCAGGAUCAAAUCCAAAUCUUUGCCGACUACUGUGCAACUGACAAAUGCGCCGCCACAGCUGACAACAAAGAUACCGAAAUCGAUUACUACGAUACCGUUCAGGGUUAA